CUAGGAGACCAUCGACGCAUUGACACUGGCUACGUUUCUGUUGGUGGAAACCGACAUCAUUUCAUCAACGUUGGAGCACUUCAUUUGAGCGCACAGGCCGGAUACCAUGCCACUAAGUAUAAGUGGCUGGGAAACUUGUCUUAUGUGAUAGGGGCAUUGCAGGCGUUCAUGCAUCACAAGAAUCGCGACCUUGAUAUCCGGAUCAACGGAGAGGAGUGGAAACGUUUUUCAAGAGUUACAUCCAUUGCAAUUGGAAAUGGCAAGUACUUUGGCGGCGGCAUGAAAAUCACGCCAACAGCGGAUCCUUACAGUGGAGAUCUUGAGGUGACCAUUUUGCAACACUUUCAGUGGUACCACUUUGUGAUACACUUGUUCAAGCUGUACAAGGGCACUUUUCUCGAACUGAACAAUACGUGGCGGUUCGACAAAGUGAAGAGCAUCGAGAUUAAGGAGGCCGACAACGAGAGUGGAGAUGACGGCGUGUUUGUCCAGGCUGAUGGAGAGCAUCUUGGUUUUCUUCCCGCCGAGUUUGGGAUCUUGCCAGGCAGCCUCGACUUCCUGUGCUGAAACUCUUUGGCGACGCGACAUACCGUUCUUUUCUCUACGCUAACGCGUGGGUGUUAUAGUUGCGACAUUUGUUAUUGUCGAAAGGAAAAGAGAAAAGAGCCAGGGGAUCGAAAUCAAUCAAAUCAAGCCAUGACGAAGACAAAGAAGAGGCAAAAGAGCAGAGAGAGAGAGAGAGAGAGGAAAAAGAAGGUGUCUUGAAGUUUCAAAGGCUUGACCGGGGUCCUUGUCAAAGAGUGUUGUUUUCCUUGUCGUGCUCAUAGGUUUUGUAUUUGAUAUAUGGCCAUCUUUUGACCAGA